AAUCGCACUUAACCACAACCGCAACACUGAGCUGCCUGUCAAAAUUGAGCAACUGUACGAAUAAGCGACGGAGUGAGUGAACUGUCACAUUGAGCGCAUAUGUCGUCGAAGUAGAAAAGAAAACAUCAUUGUUUUCAUUGGCUCAUUUUGUUGCUACAGAUGAUAAAGCAAACAGUACGCAAAAGAAAGAAGAGAAACAAAAGCUUUUUGCUUGUGACGAAAUCGUUUGUUGUUUUGUUUUUUUUUUCGUCGCAAAUUGUGUGCCCACUUACAAAUUGUGCAUAAAUAAAUUUAGAAAAAAAAACAUACAGUCAAAAUGGGCAAUCACUUGGUUGGAAUUGCUCCGUCGCAAAUUUAUCCCGUCGAACAUUAUUUGAUGGGCUCAUUCGAAUCAGAUUUACAGUAUGAGUCAAGUAUGGGUAGUACGCGAUUUUUCAAAGUGGCCAGAGUUCGUUCGGAUGAAGGGCUAAUUGUGAUUAAAGUGUUUGUCAAACAUGAUCCCAGUUUACCGCUAGAAACGCAUGCAGAUCGUGUAAUGUUUAUACAGAAAGCGCUGGCCAAUGCAGUGAACUGUUUGCCAUUUCAACGUGUUCAGGUGACGGAAAAGGUUGCAUUAGUGAUGCGAGAAUAUGUUAAACAUAGCCUUUAUGAUCGAGUUUCAACGAGACCGUUUUUAACAUCGUUGGAAAAGAAAUGGAUUACGUUCCAGGUGCUGUGCGCUUUACAUCAAUGUCAUCGGCAGAAAAUUUGCCAUGGUGAUAUUAAGCUGGAAAAUAUUUUGAUUACAUCAUGGAAUUGGAUAUUGCUAUCGGAUUUUGCAUCGUUCAAACCAACAUAUUUACCCGAAGAUAAUCCAGCUGAUUAUACAUACUUCUUCGACACAAGUCGACGGAGAACAUGCUAUGUGGCACCAGAAAGAUUUGUGAAAUCAUAUUCGAAUGAUGCAAACAAUGCCAAAAGUGGCAUUCUCAUUGGCGGCAGCUCAUUACUUUCCGCUUCAAUUAUGGAUGGCAUACAAACAAACGAUCAAAAUAGUACGGCCAAUCUUUUACCAGAAAUGGACAUUUUCUCAGCUGGAUGUGCACUUUUGGAAUUGUGGGGCGAAGGUACGACACCCUUUGAAUUUUCACAAUUGCUCGCCUAUCGAUCGGGUGAUUUGGAAUUGGUGACCAAACACUUGGACGAAUUGGAGAAUGAAAACCUGCGAAAUUUGAUAGCAUCAAUGAUUAGCCGAAAUCCAGCCGAUCGUAAAUCAGCCGAGGUUUACCUAGACGAACAACGUGGAAAAUUAUUCCCCGAGUACUUUUAUACAUUUUUGCAAUCGUAUAUGCAAAUGUUUUCAUCGCUGCAAAUUCUGCCGCCGGAUGAUAAAAUCAUGCGACUGUAUUCCGAUAUCAAGCAGAUAAUUGAUAUAUUUUUGCCGUCAAAUAACGAACAAGAAACCCGAACAAUUCCCGAUGACGAUGGACUCAUUUUAAUAACAGCUGUGGUUACAUCAUGCAUUCGAGGCUUAAAGUAUUGCAAAACGAAAUUGCAUUGUUUGGAAAUUUUGCAACAACUCUCCAUGUACACCACAUCCGAAACGGUGUUGGAUCGAAUUCUACCAUAUAUUUUACACCUGUGCAAUGACAAUGCGGCCCGAGUGCGUGUCAGUGCACUGGAUACAUUAACGAUGUGCAUUCGGUUAGUUAAGGAUCUUCCACGAAACGAUGCCAACAUAUUCCCUGAAUAUGUUUUACCAUCGAUUGCCCCAUUGGCCAUGGACAAUUCGGUUGUGGUGAGAAUCGCAUAUGCCCGAAAUGUCGCUGACAUUGCUGAGACGGCUCUCUAUUUUCUCGAUCAAACACAAUUGAAUGCAACCCAAGAGCUUCCAACCAUCCGAUACGAAACCGAGUUAAGUGCUUUACAUGAAAUGCUUCAUCAGACGGUGUCACAUUUGCUGACUGAUGCGCAGCCAAUCGUCAAGCAAACGGUCAUCGAGUGUGGCAUAACAAAAUUAUGCGUGUUUUUUGGCCGACAAAAAGCAAACGAUCUAAUUCUAUCGCAUAUGAUUACAUUUCUAAAUGACAAAGAGGAUAAAAGUUUGCGCGGAUCAUUUUUCGAUUGUAUUGUGGGUGUUGCAACAUUUGUUGGCUGGCAAUGUUCGGACAUUCUGCUUCCGUUGUUACAACAAGGCCUAACCGAUUCAGAGGAGUUUGUUAUUGCCAAAGCCAUUCGAGCAACAACGGCAUUGACUGGACUGGGUUUAAUCCAAAAGCCAGCAUUGUCCGAAUUCAUUACUGAAUGUGCCUGUUAUUUGAACCAUCCGAAUUUAUGGAUUCGUCAUGAAGUAUGCGGCCUAAUAUCGAGUGCGGCAAAGAUUUUCGGAGCCAUCGAUGUGCAAUGCAAAAUAAUGCCAGCCAUUAUUAAUCACCUAAAGUGUCCGUUGAUUCAAGUUGAAAAGCCAGAGAUUCUAAUGGAUUGCCUGCAGCCAGCUAUUCCACGCAAUAUUUACGACAGUGUCGUUCGAUUCACCGAAUUGGAAUUAUUCUUCACACUGCUGGAGGAACGGAAAAAGGCACGCGAUAGCACCAUUGACUCACUACCACAGCAAUGUGAAAUGACUUCACCUGUGAGAAAUUUCUUCCGGCGAAUUUCAUGCGAAGGUCUAACGGACACAGUUGAAAAGCAAAUUUUAUCGAUGAAAUCAUCGAUAUUGAAAUUGAACAAAUACCUCAAAAAGGUUCCUACUGACAAAUACUCAACAAAUGGGAAAAUUUUCAUCGAUUCCAAAUUGGAAAUUGGAAAAGAGCUGGUUUUGGCCGACACCAAGAAACAAUUGAUAACCAAUCGAAAAUCGGAUGCCGACAAUCCUAACUUGGAUUGGCCGCGUAUGUAUUCACAUUCCGAUAAAUCGACGUCACCAUUGAGUGAUUAUCAUUCACCUGGUGUGAGCUCAAGUUCCCAUUACAAUGACACACCAUCAACGUCGCUGGUUGAAUACAGCAUGCCGGAGAAGAAUUUCAUUCAAGAACGAAAUUCCGACUGUCGAAAUGAGUUGCAUAUGUUGCAUAACAAGCUGAAAAGCCAGUAUGUGCUAUUGAAUGCAAACAGUGAUUCGAAUGCGGCAAUAAAACGAGCAUCGAUGAUACCGGCUGGUCACAGUAUAAAGGGUACGCUAAUUGCUCAUCUUCACGAACACAAAUCAUCGGUAACAAAACUGACAGCGCUCAGUUCCAGUUCAUCACUUUUCGCGAGCGCUAGCACGGACGGAACCGUACGCUUAUUUGACUGCAAUAAAUUAAACGGUCAUCAGAGCAUCAACAAAUCGCGUCAAAUGUAUUCGGCCAACGUUCCAAUUUAUUCAAUUGCGGCCUGUGAUUCGGGACAAUCGUUAGCGGUUGCCGGCAACGAUGGAUCCCUUCUCUUAUUGCAGAUCGAUCCAAAUUCAUCGAAAAUGGCGUUGCAGCAAGCGCGGCACUUGGUACAAAAUGCCGGCGGCUACAAUGGAUACGACGAUGGGCCAAUUGUUGAUAUGCAUCCACUAGAUCCAGACUCGCAGAGCGUUAUUAUUUAUGCAACAUUGUACGGUGCAAUCAUUUGCUGGGAUUUACGGAUGCCAACCAAUGCAUGGCGACUGAAUAGUGAUCUCAAGCAAGGUGUUAUCACGACAUUUUGUAUUGAUUCGAAUGUUUCAUGGCUGGCAACCGGUACAAGUCAUGGCAAUCACAUUUGCUGGGAUCUUCGAUUCAAAUUACCAAUAGCCAAAAUCCAACAUCCAUCCGCAACACGAAUUCGAAAAAUAAUUCCACAUCCAACGGAAUCAUCGUGGUUAAUAUCAACGUCACAUGGAAACAACGAGGUCUCAGUGUGGAACAUUGAAACGAGCCAUCGGCAGGCUGCUCUUUGGGCCAGCAGUGCGCCACCCCUGUCCAAAGAAUCGAAAAAUACGUCAAGUGUCUGCGGUGUAGUGUCGUGCAUUGUCGACCGAUCGCCGGUACUAUUCACGGGAAGCUCGGACCAACGCAUACGAUACUGGGACUUGAGCACAAGAGCCAAUUGUUCAAUGAUUUCGCCUGCCAGCCGUGACUACGCCAGUGGUUCGAAUUUCUCCUAUGACUCGCGACUCAUCGAUGGAACGCGUGUUAUCUAUGAGGUACAAACGCAGAAUAAAUCGCAUGCAAUUGCAUCUGGAUUGACAAACACACUGAAAUCAGAUGACUAUUCGCCACGAUCGGGCCCCGAAAUGCCGCUACCAUGCCACAACAAUGUCGUAACGGAUUUACUAAUGUGCAGAACACAAAAAUACCCCGUGCUUAUAUCGAGCAGCCGAGACGGUGUGAUCAAACUCUGGAAAUGAAGAGAGAGAAACCACAACAGCAACAGCAACAGCAACAAACACACAAACAAAAAGUUUAUUUAAAUGUUAUGUUCACAUUUUGAAUGCAUAUCGACGAAGAAAAAAAAAUGAGAGAAAACUAAAGAAAAAGAAAAACCAGAUUAAAAGACAGAAAGAAAAA